AUGUGUCUCCCCGCGUCCUCCCUCCUUUCCCGCCCCCGCCCGCUCUCCGGUGGCUCUUUGCAUUGCGCUGCUCAUCACGAACCGCCCAACGGUCUACCUGGGCUCGCGUAGGACCGUCUCUCCGUGUGCAACACGACAGAGAGGAGCGAACUGUAAUCGUGCACUUGUGUAUACAGAAGAACCAACGCAACCGUACCAGGCACCGAAUAACGAAGAACAGCAUUACGGAGAGAGAGAGAGAGAGAGAGAGAGAGAGAGAGACGAGACGAGGAGAGACUGCGUGGUGCUUUCAGGAGCCGUUUGCGUGUUCACCUCUUUCUCCACACAAUCACACGCGCGCGUGCACACAGACACUCUCACAAACAGUUGCACUCACACACCUAACGCGGCGUGUUUAUCCCACGUACAUUCAAAGACGGCGUAGAAAUCUUCUCCCGUUGGCUGAUGCUGGCCACCCAUCGCAGAGAUGGCUCUGUGGAUGCUCCUCUACCUCCUCGCCAUCGUCAAAAACAGCCUUGGGGCAGACACCGAGGAACGAUUGGUGGAGCACCUGCUGAACCCCGCCCACUACAACAAAUUGAUCCGUCCAGCCACCAAUGGCUCUGAGCUGGUGACGGUGCAGUUCAUGUUGUCAUUGGCCCAGCUCAUUAGUGUGCAUGAGAGGGAGCAGAUUAUGACCACCAACGUCUGGCUUACUCAGGAGUGGCAGGACUACCGGUUGACGUGGGUCCCGGAGGAGUUCGAUGGGAUGCUGAAGGUCAGGCUGCCCUCCAAGCACAUCUGGCUGCCGGACAUCGUCCUCUACAACAAUGCGGAUGGCAUGUAUGAAGUGUCCUUCUACUCCAACGCGGUGGUCUCGUAUGACGGCAGCGUCUUCUGGCUCCCACCGGCCAUCUACAAAAGCGCCUGCAAGAUCGAGGUCAAGCACUUCCCCUUCGACCAGCAGAACUGCACGCUCACCUUCCGCUCGUGGACCUACGACCGCUCCGAGGUGGACCUGGUGCUGCGCACGGACGUGGCCAGCAUGGACGACUUCACCCCCAGCGGGGAGUGGGACAUCAUCGCGCUUCCUGGCCGGCGCAACGAGAACCCGCAGGACGCCAACUACGUUGACAUCACAUACGACUUCAUCAUCCGCCGCAAGCCACUCUUCUACACCAUCAACCUGAUCAUCCCCUGCGUCCUCAUCACGUCGCUGGCCAUCCUGGUCUUCUACCUGCCCUCGGACUGCGGCGAGAAAAUGACCCUCUGCAUCUCCGUGCUCCUGGCCCUCACCGUCUUCCUCCUCCUGAUCUCCAAGAUCGUGCCGCCCACCUCGCUGGACGUGCCGCUGGUGGGCAAGUACCUGAUGUUCACCAUGGUGCUGGUGACCUUCUCCAUCGUCACGAGCGUCUGCGUUCUCAACGUGCACCACCGCUCGCCCACCACGCAUACCAUGCCGCCGUGGGUCAAGCUGGUGUUCCUGGACAAGCUGCCCGCUCUCCUCUUCAUGCGCCAGCCGCGCAACAGCAGCGAGCGGCAGAAGCUUCGCCACCGUCGCCACGCCAACGAGCGCCGGCAGGGGGGGCGGGGGGGCCUGGGGAUCCUGGCGGGGCUGGGCUUCGGAGACGGAGCGGGGGAGGGUGGAGGAGGCACCGUCACCAUGGCGACGGGUGGGUCGGCGGCUGCGACGACACCAGGAGGAGGAGGAGGGGGAGGCUUCGGGAAGGAGAGCAGCAACAGCGACGCAGCGUGCACCUGCUACGUCAACCACGCCUCCGUCAAGCAGUUCGGGGGCGAAGCGGGCACAGGGGGCGCUGGUGAGUCGCCCGAUGGGGUGAACGGACUGAGGGAGGGGGCAGCCACCCGGGAGGGAGGUGGAGGAGGUGGAGGUGGAGGAGCAGGAGGAGGAGGCGCGGUCCCUCUGCAGACUUCGGCGCUCACGCGGGGGAAGCAGCCGCCCCCGCCAGCGGCGCUCACCCAGGCUCUGCUGGGACAGGCCUGCCCGGGGCUGGACGAGGCGGUGGACGGCGUGCGCUUCAUCGCCAACCACAUGAAGAGCGAGGACGACGACCGCAGCGUGAGCGAGGACUGGAAGUAUGUUGCCAUGGUAAUCGACCGCCUCUUCCUGUGGAUCUUUGUGUUUGUGUGCGUGUUUGGCACGGUGGGCAUGUUCCUACAGCCGCUCUUCCAGAACACCACAGUCAAGGUCCUCACCCACACGCCCGGCUGACCAAUCUCGCGCCCCGCCACGCUGACGGACGCCGCUCGCCACCAAUGGCGUGACGGGAAGGACAAAGGGAGGAGGGAGGGCCCGAGUGUGGGGGUGUGGGGGAGUUCAGACAUUUUCAUCUUUUUAAAACCAAUAGGCCUGACUGUCAGACACUCCAUGUUGGGUUCAUAUGCAAACUUCUUUCUUAAGGAAACUGCUUUUGAACAAAAAUGUGGUGAGAUAAGCUGACAAACAGCUCCAAGAGACCCCCUUUUUUCUGCUGUGAAUGGAACAACCCUCCCUCCAAUCCCCUCUCUCCUCCCUUUGAGUGACAUACAGCACAAGCCAAUCAGGGAGAGAGGGCACACUUGUUUACUUUGCUCUUCUGGUCAGUCAGCGUUCUGCAAGCAGACACCACCCACCAACCAACCACCCAAUCGCUGGACCGCAGCUGGGCUUCAGGCUUUGACAGAAGACUCCUGAUUGGCUCAUGGGAGAGCCAAUCACAAAGACUCAAAGAGAAAAAAAAUGUACCUAUUAUAUUUUGCUUUUAGUUUCUCAAAUCACUACUUAAAAGCAACCGGCUAAGUAUAUUUUACAAUAGACUAGUACCAUAUCACUUUAUUGUGUCUGACGUGUAUAGGAUCCAUAUUAUUUCUUGACAAACACACAGAGGGACAGGAUGUCUAUAGUGCAGUUUUGAUGCAGUAUUGUAUAAUUAUAUAAAGCAUAUCAGGAAUGUGAUCAUUAGUGUACCGCACCAUUCAUAACAAACACAGAGCCCCACAAACCAAGCACUCCACAAGGGACAGGAACGCAAGACAAGGUUCAUGAUGGGGGGGGGGCAAGAAAAGUUUGUUGAAAGAGAUUGUAAGUGGCAAUGGCAAUAAUGGAUGAAGCGACUCAAAUGUGAAGGCCAAACUGGGGGUCAAAGGUUAAAAGAUUUUAAGGUUUUUUGGCGGGUUAGCUGUGAUAGAUCCCUGUGUAAAAACAGCUGUUUUUGGAGCUGUGUACCGGGAGACUACAGAGACCUGCAGUAACUGGAGCAGAUGAACAUAGGCCUACACAUCCCCUUUCCUCUGAGAGACUGGGGAGCUCGGAGCCAAAAUGGCUGCCAUGCUGGAGCAGAUGAACAUAGGCCUACACAUCCCCUUUCCUCUGAGAGACUGGGGAGCUCGGAGCCAAAAUGGCUGCCAUGCGGGAGCCACAGCAUGAGGCAGAUCCCACAGAAGCAGCGCUGCCUGGGCCUCCCCUCGCCUCGUGUCUCCUUGCUUCUUUUAUUUAUAGCUUUCCCUUUCUUCUCUUUUUUUCUCUGUUCUUCCUCGGCCUUUUCCUAACCUCUUGUCCUCCCAUCUCGCUGUUGGCUCUCAUGCAAUCUCCCUCUCCUCCUUUUUGCACUCCUCCCUCUCCUCCUUUCUGUACUCCCUCUCCUCC